AUGGCCUACUGGCUGUCCCUUGUCCUUUUCAUUUAUGGUGUUUUUGCACAGUCAGCAUUUCAAUACGAAGAUGAUGACUACAUUCAAUAUCGCACUCUCCCUAAGCAUCGCAUAAUAAAAUGGAAUAUUACCUACCAUGAUCGAUCGGCUGUUGCGCCUGGAUAUUGGUUUACUGCCCCGUAUUGGACACACGAUGGUGAUAAGGUGACAAACCAGUGGGUGCCGUAUCAGAUUGGGCCUCAUAUCUUUGAUCAAGACGGAGUUCUGAUCUGGUCCGGCUCCGUUGAAUUCAAGAACCUGAAUGUAUAUGACUUCCGAAGGAUCGAUCUCCCGGAUGCGACUGGUAAACUACAACCACACUUAUCCUGGAUGAGAUGGCAUAUGCCGUACGACAUGCAAUCUGACGGCAUGACCGCGGUUUAUGAUAACAACUAUCAACCCAAAAAGAUUUUGACAGUUCCUGCACACGAGGUGGACACGCACGAGUUCAAUGUGAAAUACUCCCCCAAUGUCCUACAGAUCCAAACUCGAGGCGAGGUGAUAAAGCUGGACGAGCUUGGACGACCAGAAACCGAACAGGUGAUAACCAAUAACGGCUUCACCGAGACGAAUCUCAUGACUGGAGAAAAGAUAUUCGAAUGGAGAAGCAACAAUCGUGUCAAGCUUGAUGAAAGUUAUAUCACACGGGUAGAAGACCAGCAUCCUCAUCCGGAUUAUAUGCAUACAAAUUCUGUUGACAAGAAUGACAAUGGAGACUAUCUGCUUUCUGCGCGACACACCAGCACAAUCUAUCUCAUCUCAGGCAAGGAUGGUCACAUCAUCUGGCGCCUCGGUGGAAAGAAAAACAAUUUCGAAAAGAAUUUUGACUUUUACGGUCAGCACAAUGCUCGGUUUAUUUCUGUGAACUCAACACAUAUGACAAUCUCCCUUUUCAAUAAUGGAGCAAUUGAUACGGACGUGCGUGAGCCAGUCUCAUCCGCUAUGUAUGUUCAACUUGACCUGGUCAAGAUGAAAGCGACCGUUUUGCAGCGCUAUAUGCGUCCAGACGGGGGUGUUACUGACCGGCGAGGAAAUAUGCAAACCCUCUCCAAUGGAAAUGCCCUGGUAUGUUGGUCCUGGGAUGGGUAUAUGACCGAAGUUUCCCACGAUGGGCGACUCUUAAUGGAAGCUCGAUUUGCUUCCGAUCGACAUGACACAUAUCGUGCAUAUAAGUUCCCUUGGAUUGGCCGCCCCUCCUAUCCGCCAACUCUUAUGUCGGAAACUUACGGCGUCAAUGGCUCUGAGCUCUCAACAGUCUUCCAUGUGAGCUGGAACGGUGCAACCGAUAUCAAAUUUUGGCGAUUCUACGCCCGCAAUAACUCAACGACUGCAAAAAAAGUGAUUGGUAUGGUGUCAAAGAAGGGAUUCGAGACAUCUUUCAUUGCUCGCGGGUACAUGGAUUGGGUAUCUGUUGAGGCAUUAGAUGCCAACCUAGAAGUUCUCGGGGUAUCUCCUGAUUCUAGAACUAUCCCUCCAGAGUAUUGGGCUGCUGAAGCAUCAUUGCCACGACCAGAUAAUCCCGAAGCUCCACACGCAGAUAAGGUCACAGACAUGCAACAAGCUUCUAAUCAGGCUGUAGAGUUUGUUCUUCUUUUCUUUGCCGGUUUUAUUGCCAGUGUUGCAUUUGGUACUGUGAUGCUAUACCGAAGAAUUAUUACACGGUUGAUUCUCAUGUCCUUUUCAAGGCUGAUCCCGGACGGCUAUGCACGAGUGUGGAUGGAGGACCCUGAUGAUCUGGAGAGCGGAGAAGAUGAGAUGAAAUCUUGGAAAGAAAAAGAGUAG